UUUAGAGAGGAUAUCAUGAUGAUUUGAUUUCAAUGACAACCAAUUUGAACCUUAUCAAGAUGGGAUUAAAUAACCGCUACAACAACAACCACAAAACAUCAAUUAUACUCUAUAUUUAACGUUCCGUUUCUAUCCUAACUUCUUGGUUAAGAUAGAUAGAUAAGGUGGUUAUUCGGAUGGAUCCAAGGGUCUUAAACCGGAAUUUGUCUCUCGGGAGGUUGAUUAAAUUUUUAUACCUAAUGAGGUUGUAAUCACCCAAAACCACAAAAAACAUAGAAAAAGUAUUCUACUAUUCCUACGGAUUAAGUCGAUUAAGUGGAAAAAUCGAAAAUAUGCUUAGUCUAAAAUCUCAGCUAGCUUAAGUUAAUCUUUAGCAUUUUGAUGAAGAAAUCGGUUCUUUACCACUUUAUUUAAAAUCACUUUAUGCAAACAUUUAUCUAAAUAUAUCUAGUAAACAUUAUUUUUCCAGUCAAUAUGUAUAAUUUAGAAAGGCUUAAUAUUUUUUAAUGUUUUUUUUUCAGAGUAAAAAUGAAUAUUGAAUAUUUCAUUGAAGGCCUUGAAUGUCUAAUGUACUGCGGACAAAAAAUAACACCUGAGCAAAAGGUUUUAAUCGAAAAUUCGCUUAUUGUACUGCAGAAUGAAAAUCGAUUCACAGGCAUGUACUUUUGGGGUCGCAUUAAUGCAAUAACUAGAGACUAUUACAUAGCUUUCGGCUAUACCCAGGAUUGCUUAAAAGACCGAAAAUUCUUUUACACGCUUGAUGGAUAUCAAUGGAUGAUGUUGCCUUUUGUGCAUAGUCCGAAAAUUUUUCAAGCUACUAUUUUAUGUCGCGAACCUUUUUUAGGAGAUCCGAUUCUUGUAACAACAGUAGAAUUGGAUCCUACAUUUGAAAUCGAUGCUAACCAAAUAAUCUCUGCGAAUUUACCAGAGAAAGUUAAGCUAAAGGAAGAAGAGCGUUUGGCUGCCAUAGUAUUUAUUAUUACAGAGGAAUGUGCAGUUUGCCCACGUGGAGCCCUUUAUAAGCUUACGGAUGGACGUGUUAUACCCAACCAGAUGUUUCGUGGCCUCAACGAUCUGCAAGUUGAAAAUAUUUCGAACUACCAAAUACUUCGAUUACCACGAAACGAUUUAAAGCACAAUUUGCUGAAGCGCAGUGAUUACAACUACGCCAUUGAUUUCUUAGACUGUAUAGCCGAUGUAAUACCGCUUCGUCAAGCAUUCUCUUUGAACUUAAUGAGAAAUGAACGCUUAAUAAUUAUAAAGUCUUGUCUAUGGCCAGGCAUGACAUUUUUUCAUAAGUUAAACUCGCGUAAACAUGGUUUUCUUUAUUUUGGAGACGGCAAGAAAAAUUAUGAUCUACUCUUUAUGUACUAACAAUCUCUAAUUUCUUGUAGCUUUAGUUUUAAAAAUAAAAUAAUGGAUUUACCUACAUUAACUAUAUUUGUAAUGGCUUUGUUUUGUUUUGAAAAUGCAACGAAAUCACCUUAUUUGUUUUGUUUUACGGGAAAACAAUAAAAUAAUUUAUGGUGUAAGAUUAAUGAUGAUACAGAAUGCUAUG